ACCUGAUACACCACUGGGCCAACCACCGCUAUGGGGUCUUCCCAGAGCACGCCUCUACUCCUGACAAAGAGGUUUACUGCAGUCGGGGCAAAAUGCAAGCCACAAGAUGCAGUGAGGAGAUUGAGUUUAAGAGAAGCGAAAUCCCUGACAGAUUUUGUCCAAGCUUCGACACCUGCAUGAACCAGGAGUACGAAUGCAACAUCACCUUCCACCGGGGCGAUGGAGCAGCUAAAACAUCCAUCAUGUUUCUACCGUACAUUGCCGGGGUAUCCCAGUUCUGCGACAACGACACUCACAAUUCUGAAGCUCUCAACAUGCAAAACGAGCGCCACUUUAGACUCUCCACCUGGGAUGUGAUUAUGCAACAUGACGACUUUGUGCGGUCAACAAUAGGAUCGGAUUCUUGCGACACUCCUUCGGUCACCUCAUUCGCCACGUGAUAAACGACGGCGAGAUGGUGGGC